AAUGAGAUUAUCUGGCUCAAGAAGAGGGUUUCCCUAUUAUAUUAGAGGUUAUUUAUAGGGCACGGAGUGCUAAUCUAAUACCAUACACUUGGGGAGUAGACAAGCGGAAGUCUCAGAUUUGGGUUUGUUGUUAUUCUACCCCUUAAAGUAGCAACCAGUCACUGUUGGAUCUGGCCAGAUAGUAUGAGCCAAGACAUGUGACUAUUAAAUGUGUAUUGUCUUUUAAAAUAAGCAGCGGGACAAUACUACACGUAGCGAUAGUGAUAUUUCAGCACCUCGGACAGCACCAAGUAUGGGUCAAACCCAGCCCACUGUGCAGAGUGAGGAGAUAGAUGUUGCAGCUCUGCAGGACAUGUACAAGAAGUUUGUGACAGAAUGUCCAAGUGGGGUUUUGUUUCUUCAUGAAUUCAAACGAUUUUUUGGGGUAGAUGCCACUGGAGAAGCAUCAGAAUAUGCUGAGAAUAUGUUUCGAGCUUUUGACAAGAAUGGGGAUAAUACUAUAGAUUUCCUGGAGUUUGUAGCUGCGCUGAAUCUAGUUUUCAGAGGAGAUCUGGAGCAUAAAUUGAGAUGGUCCUUUAAAGUGUAUGAUAAAGAUGGUAAUGGGUUCGUCGACAAGACAGAACUUCGGGCAAUCAUUGAUAGUAUAUAUCGGAUAAAGAGGGUAUCAAAAAAGGAUACUGAGCCACACCAACUGUCUGUUGAUGAAGUUUGUGAGCGAAUAUUUAAAGUAAUCGAUGUUGAUGGAGAUGGUCAUAUAACUCUAGAAGAGUUUUUGGAAGGGGCACACAAGGACCCCUGGAUCCUCAACAUGUUACGUUUGGAUAUGAACCCUUCAGGCUGGGUGCUUGAGCAAAGAAGAAAGAGUGCCUUUUUCUGAGAAACAGGU